AUGUCCGAUCGCGCAAGCCCCCCAAUCAUCCAAACGAACCGCCACACGUUCGGCCCUGCCAAUAAGACAGAAAUCUGUCACGAAUGCCUCCAGAAGUGGCACAAAGAAUCUGUCACCAUCGUCGGCGGUGGCGCAGCUGGUGUCGCUGUAGCUCUGAGCCUCAUCCAAAAAGCUCGCGAAGGCUGGAGUUCCAUACGACGACUGACGAUCAUCGAAAAAGGCGACGAGCCGGCCGCAGGCCUUGCAUAUUCCGCCGAGUCCGCCAACACGAUAUUGAACCGACAGGUCUCGAUGAUGCCGGUUAUCCACGGACAGCCGCGACAGUUCGGGGAGUGGUUAUCGAGGCGCAGAGGCGAAGACGAGCGCGACACCGAAUACCCAGAUAGAACGGAAUACGGCCGGUAUCUGAAGUACUUGCUGCGCUCUGUAAACCAAUGGGCAUGGGAUCUUCAGAUAGGGUUCCGACUUCUCCGCGAAGAAGUCAUCGAUAUCGAGCAGUUCGAGCAGCGGAGCGGCACGUUAUACCGCGUCAACUUGGAGGACGGGUCGGCAAUCUACUCGAAGAAUGUGGUUCUCGCCUUGGGCAACUACGCCAGGGCGCAGUACAAGCAUCUGGACAGCCCGAACUACUUUCCGAAUCCAUGGCCUACCAGCAAGCUGCAGAAAAUCCCGAGCGAUGCCUCCGUUGGAGUGAUCGGCACCAAUGCAUCGGCUAUCGAUGUCGUGAGGAUACUGUCACAGCAGCACCAUCGAGGCCCUAUCCAUAUGAUGAGCAGAAACGGUCUUUUGCCCCGCGUGGAGGCGGCGCAUGUGCGCCCGUACCUCCGCUUGCAUGCGCUGCAUACUAUCGCACGCCAGCUAGAGAAAAGAGAGAUAUCGUUCGACGAAGCUGUGAGCUACCUCAAGAUCGAGAUACGUGAGCAUGCCGGCAUCGAGCUCAAUGCCCUGGACAUCCUAGAGGAGGGAAUGGAUCCCCUGGCGCGUCUGAGCGAGGAUAUCCACCAAGCUAAAUCUGGUAAUGCAAACUGGCAGGAAGUCAUGCAUGCCUUCAAGACGGUCACUGAAAGAUACUGGAACUCUCUAACGCACGAAGAGAAAGAGGAUCUUCUUCAGAGGUACCAUUAUCUUCGGUCUAUCUGCCGGAACCUGAUGCCGAUAGAGAAUGCCGUCAUACUGGAAUCGCUCAUGAAGGGGGCACAGCUCGAAGUCAUCAAAGGUGAAGAAGCGAGUUGCAAUAACGGUAUCAUGUCGAUGGGCAGCGGUGACAGCAGAGUCUAUGUUGAUUACAUCGUCGAAGCUACGGGGCUCCAGUACGAUGUGGAACGCAUGCGUUCUCCUCUCCUUGAGCGGAUACUCCGGAAGAAGAUGCUCAAGCCCAAUGCUUUCGGCGGCCUCGACGUCGGCUUUGACGACCUCAAGAUACGAGACGGCCUGUACGCCAUUGGCUCCCUGACGAAAGGGACGCAUAUGCUGGUGGAAGACGUCGACCGACUUGCUUGUCACGCGGUGAGACUCACGGAUACCCUAGUUGGAUUGGCACCAAGUCAACCGCGACAGGUAUCACUAUUCGUCGGCCCGGAUAUUUUCUCCAAGUAUAUCAUGAUGCAGAGUGUUCCUCUGCUCCUCGCAGCUGGCCAUAUGCCGUUCAUCUUCAUCCUGAACAAACCACAGGUCAAGUCCGACGACCCCGUCUAUAGAUUCUUCGAGCAUUCCGUGCUCCGACACGUCAUCGAACCUCACUAUCGGAAAGUCCGCGGCUUGGCCAUCGCCGACAAUAUCCGCCGGUAUCACAUCGACGUCGGAAUCCUCAUCGGCACCGAGGUCUCGAUGCCAGCCGACGCACGAGGGGCAUGCUCCUUGUAUCACCUCAAACCGGGUCUCUACCCCGAAUACAGGUCCAUCGACAAGAUACUCGCUUCCGGCGGGACCAAAUACGGCUACGCUCUCGAGUACCUGGGUGCCGCACCCACAGACGACCGCCUGGCCCUGGCACGAGAACGGACUAUCACUGACGCCACAUGUGUCUGCAGCGCGCUCUUCGAUUGCCAUGACCUGGCCACCAAAAUCGUCGUUGAGGCUGUCGACAAGGUAUCGCGUGGGCAGCCGCUCGUGACAGCGCCAAGGGGCAUCAGCUUUGACGGUAUUAACGGUAUCAUUGAGGUGAGAAAGGGCGAAGGGACCCGCUACGGAAUUACCCGGAGGAAGUUGCAGUUGGCGGAUAUUCAGGCUAUGUCGAGGCGUGUCUGCGAGAACUUCGCGACGUCUAAGAUGAAUCAGGGGUUGCAGGAAAGGCUUCGAAAUGAGCUUGUCCGUCAGCACUUGCUUGUUGAUGAUCCAUAG